GUGCAAAACCAAAAGCCGAGGGGUAGAAAGGUGUGCAAGGCCCCGCCGCAGAGAGGUCGGUGCAGGGCGGAGCUGGACAGGCAGCGGGCGGGCAGGAGGCGAAUGCCGCGGCCGCUGCUUCCUCCGCGGCCCUGGAGGAGCUGGGGGCAGGAAGGCGAUAACGAUCAGAGUUGCAGUUUGGAAAUUUCUCAGUGUCUGCUGCAGCGAGGCGAACCGAUCGUUCGGAAAGGCCUGGAGUGUGUGGCUAGAAACCCGAACCCGACCUGGAAGGCCAGGGUUAAACCGCCAGAGGCGGGGUUGGCCAUUCUUGCGUUGAAAAAAGAACCGGUCCACGUGGGCCCGGCCGCCCCGCCCCGCCCCGCCGCGCAGCCGCCGCCGGACUCUGCAGUCUGGGCCGGGGCUGGGCGCCCAGCGCGGGAACUUCGCACCCACCCGGGCAGCCUGGACGCUCCGGCCGAGGGACGCCCCCAACCCGCAGAGACGAGUGCCCAGCGAGCGGGGGCCAGGCGGAGCCAGAGCCAGGCCCGCAGGAGCGGGCACCUCUCGUCAGUGAGUCCAGGCCGAGGCCAGAUGUUUGCCAUCCAGCCAAGGUUGUCUGAGGGAGGCCAGUUUCCUGGGAGCAUGCCUCCUGGAGUAUGUCAGCCCGAACUCCAACCAGACAGCAACUCCAACUUCAUGGAGGGUGCCAAGGAUGCCAAUGAGAAUUGGCAUGGAAUGCCAGGCAAAGUGGAACCCAUCCCGACAAGGAGCUCCUCUGAGUCACUCUCUGACAACCAGGCCCUCCAGGCCUCGGGACUCCCUGAGGGGGUGGUCCGUAGCCCCCCAGAGGGUGCAGAGAUUCCUGGCACCGAGCCUGAGAAGAAUGAUGAUGCCAUCACUGUCUGCUCCCCUCUGGAGGACAAUGGCUAUGCCAGCAGCUCACUGAGCAUCGACAGCACUAGCAGCAGUCCUGAGCCUGCCUGUGGGACCCCUCUAAGUCCUGGCCCUCCAGAUCCUCUUCUGCUCUCAGUAGCCCACGCUGUGCAGCAGCUGCAGGCCCAGGAGCGUUACAAAGAGCAGGAGAAGGAGAAGCACCAUGUGCACUUGGUGAUGUACCGCCGUCUAGCACUGCUCCAGUGGAUCCGGGGCCUGCAGCACCAAUUGGUUGACCAGCAGGCCCGUCUGCAGGAUAGCUUUGACACCAUCCUAGAUAACCGGAAGGAGCUUAUCCGCUGUCUCCAACAGAGGGCAGUACCAUCCAGGCCCCAAGAUCAGGGCUGAGUGUGCUUCCACCAGUGUGCAACAGUGUACAUGUGUCUUUGCAGGUGUGUGUGGUUGUGCACAAAUAUGUACAUGAUUAUUUGUUGGCAGGAGUGCAGAUAAGCAUGAGUGUGCAUGUGCUAACAUUUAAGCAGAUAAUGUACAGACGUGUGAGUGAGCUUACAUAUCCUGUGUAUGCAUGUGUAUAUGCAAGCUAAUUUAUAUGUAUGAGUGUGUAAGAGUGAACAUGUGUAUGUAGCAUGUAUUUAAGCUUCAGUAAAUUUGUACAUCCAUGUAUGUAUACGUACCCAGGAAUGGGUUUAUAUGUGUAUGAAUGAGGGGGUACAUGCAAAUGAUGUGUAUGCAUAUGUGUACAUAUGAGUGUGCAAGUGCAGGCAUGGGAAGUGUAUGAUGGGAGCAUGUGUAUUUGCAGGCAGACUCAAUUGCUCCAACAAAGCCUCUACCCACACCUGUUGUCCAUGGUUUGCCCAGCAUUUUUUCUGCCCUGUAUCCCUCUGCUCUCUGGAGAGAGAGAGCUAUUCUACUGUCAUUUAUCUGAGGGGUGUGGCUAAUCCAUUCUCCUGCAAUAUUCCAGAGCACCUUUCCUUCUACCUUCCUUUCUUUCUUUAUCCCAGACCUUGCUCUGCUAAGGCUGUUGUCUCUCUCUGACGUUGGCUUUGCUAUAAGGUUUCCUGGCUUCUCUGGCCUCCCAUGGCACUUGAGCUACAAUUUUGUCAGGGCAGUUGAUGGAAAAUUGGUAUCAGAGAGGGAACUGGUGGGUGAUGGUGGAGAUCAUGGCAGGGUGGGUGUGGGGACAGAGGUGGAGUUAAGACAUUAUCCUCUGAACUCUGUCUUUGGUCACAUGGGAGGUUAGGAUGGGGGAGAUAAAAAUGGCAGAAACCUGUGAAGAAUAGGAGGGUGGAAAUUCCAAAAUACCAGUUCCCAAAUAAACCAUGUCUCUCAACUGGGAAAAGUUGUUGAAAACCGUAUUAAUUUAAGCUUCGGAUGAAAAGGGAUGUGUGCUUGCAAGUAGCAUAUGAGGUGUUCCAAGGCUAUUGGGGGAAAAUCUCUUUCCUCUCUGGGUGCCUACAUUUCUGUGCCUCUGGGUUUGACAACAUUGGGUGUCCAAUUGGUUUGCUCCAUUUUCUGCAACUGAACUGUCAGGAGCUGGAGCUUGGUUUCCUGGAUGGACAGGUAGCAGUGUCAGCCCAGUCUCUAGAAGCUCUUAGGCUGCUCUUCUGUCAUUGCAUGGCCCUUUAAACAGAAACUGACCGGAUCGACCAGAGUUUUACAGCAGAUGGGUCUUGAGGAGAAACAUCAGUUAAGGUAGCAGAGCUCUCUGCUUUGCUCUCCUUUGCUCCUAGGAGCCAAGAGAAUGCAGGAUCCUGGUGGGCGGGCAGUGCAUGAAGCAGGAAUGCUGUCAGGUAAAUGAAUGGUGGCAUGGAAGUCACUGAUGCUGCCUCUGGCCCUCAGGCUCCUCCUCUGCAAUAUGCAGGGUCUCUUCUCUAUCUCUAAAGAGUUUCAUCCAUAUUGAGUGGAUGAGUGAAAGGUAUAGGGAGUGGAGGAAGCUUGGGCCCUGGGGCUUCUGUGUACAGCUCUUGCAUGAUGAAUAUGAAUCUGGCCUCUGGACCAAAGUGGGAUGAAUAAACUGAGGCAGAAAAUUAAA